AUGCGGAGCAAAGGCAGGAAGGAGAGCCUGUCCGACUCCCGAGACCUGGACGGCUCCUACGACCAGCUGACGGGCAACCCGCCGGGCCAAACUAAAAAAGCGCUGAAGCAGCGAUUCCUCAAACUGCUGCCCUGCUGCCGGCCCAAAUCCAUCCCCUCGCUCAGCGAAAGCAACGCAUCUCCUGCCCGCAGCACGGCGCUGGCCUCAGCCGCCCUCUCUCCCACCGGCUUCCUUGCAGACAGCGUCGAGGAUGAGUUUGAGCUCUCCACCGUCUGCCACCGCCCCGAGGGGCUGGAGCAGCUCCAGGAGCAGACCAAGUUCACCCGCAAGGAGCUGCAGGUCCUGUACCGAGGCUUCAAGAACGAGUGCCCGAGCGGCAUCGUUAACGAAGAGAACUUCAAGCAGAUCUACUCACAGUUCUUCCCGCAGGGAGACUCCAGCACGUACGCCACCUUCCUCUUCAAUGCCUUCGACACCGACCACGAUGGCUCCGUCAGCUUCGAGGACUUUGUGUCCGGGCUCUCCAUCAUCCUGCGGGGCACCAUCGACGACCGCCUGAACUGGGCCUUCAACCUCUACGACCUGAACAAAGACGGCUGCAUCACCAAAGAGGAAAUGCUGGACAUCAUGAAGUCCAUCUACGACAUGAUGGGCAAGUACACCUACCCGGCCAUGCGGGAGGAGGCGCCGCGGGAGCACGUGGAGAACUUCUUCCAGAAAAUGGACCGAAACAAAGACGGCGUGGUGACGAUCGAGGAGUUCCUGGAGUCCUGCCAGAAGGACGAGAACAUCAUGCGGUCCAUGCAGCUCUUCGACAACGUGAUCUAG